GUUAAUGGGAAUCCGCUGACUGAGCAGAACCAGUUGUUUGUGCGGGCAUAUGUUUGCGCGGAUCAGCAGGUGUUGUCUUUAAAGAAAAAAAAAAAAAAACAAAAGAGAGAAGGAGGAGAACGGGAAAAGAAAGCCGAAUGGAAAUCAGCGUUGCAGAAACGCCAAUCUAAGGGAAAACUCUGGAGUCUUAUUUCCAGGAUGCGCUGACAUAAAUGUGACAUGCUCGUGGCGAUCGGCAGGAUCAGAUAAACUCUAUCAGGCGUCCUCUCUCCUUCAGCCAUGGCUCACUCUGUCUCUGGAGGAACCGUGUUCACCAUCCUCCUCAUCAGCAGGUUGUUAGAGAGCUCGUUGCUCAAUGCAGAAGUGAAGGAAGGAGAGAUCCUGCCUCCUACCAUUCAGCGGCUGAUGAAAGGAUACAACAAGUACCUGAGGCCUUUCUUUGACAAUGGUCCUGUAACAGUUGGGAUGAGCCUGGACAUUGCCAGCAUUGACACCAUCUCGGAGAUCAACAUGGACUACACCGCCACCAUAUUUCUCCGCCAGCGCUGGACGGACGAGCGUUUGGUGUUUGAGGGCAACAAGAGCCUGAGCCUCGAUGGGCGGUUGGUGGAGCUCCUCUGGGUCCCAGAUACAUUCAUUGUGGACUCCAAGAAAUCCUUCCUCCAUGAUAUCACCGUGGAGAACAGGCUGAUCCGCAUCUUCCCCAACGGGACUGUGCUUUAUGCACUGAGGAUUACCACCACCGUGGCUUGCAACAUGGACCUGACCAAGUAUCCCAUGGACAAGCAGACGUGCACGCUACAACUGGAGAGCUGGGGCUACAACAUUAAUGACGUCAUGUUCUACUGGACCAGAGGAAAUGAGUCUGUCAGCGGUUUAGAUACCCUUCAGCUGGCUCAGUACACGGUGGAGGACCACUACACUUCCGUCUCAGAGGCUGUCUAUGAAACGGGUCGGUACCCCAAGCUGGUUUUCCACUUUGAGUUAAAGAGGAGCAUUCUGUAUUUUAUCCUGGAAACUUAUGUUCCCUCAAGCCUACUGGUGGUCCUCUCAUGGGUGUCCUUCUGGAUUUCCCUGUCCUCUGUUCCUGCACGUAUUUGUAUCGGAGUGACUACAGUGCUGACCAUGACCACUCUGAUGAUGGGAGCUCGGACUUCGCUGCCCAAUGCUAACUGCUUCAUCAAAGCCAUUGAUGUCUACUUGGGAAUCUGUUUUAGCUUCAUUUUUGGAGCGCUCAUUGAGUAUGCUGUGGCCCACUUCUGCAUCCUCUCCCACAGUGACACUCACAUGCUCAUGUACGGGCAUCCGAUGCACGACAUGGACGACGACAUCAACGGUAUCGUCACCACCAUUACCACCCAUUGCAACAGAGUAAAGAGACGCAAGGAGCCUGCAGUCACUCCUCCCCCGGCUCCUGCCUCAACAGAACACGCUGUCAACCCCCCCAGCCCUUCGGGCAGUGAGCCCAAGCCCGAGGCGCCACCUCCAGAACCCACCAACUGGUGCCUCACCAUUUUGGCCACCCUUCGUAAAAUUCUCCGCUCUAUAAACUGUUGUCAUGUGGAGAACCCCCACCACAUAGACAACUACUCCAGAGUCACCUUCCCCCUGUCUUUCGUCAUGGUUAACCUACUCUACUGGAUAUAUUACUUGUACUUCUAGUGUUUGCAUGAGUGCAGCAUGUGUCCUGGACAGUGUGAGACUGAGAGUGUAUUUACACAAGACGUGUAUUUGACUGUAUGUAUGUACAGGAAGUGUUAAUUAGGUGUGUUCUGAGAUGGAUUUGUACAAUUUCUACUUUGGGUUCAGGAGCUAAGCAACAUACUCAACUGAGGUUGUUUUGGUGAAGAACUGAUGCUUGUGUUUUUAUGUUCUCCUGUUUUCAAUUUCACACAACAGGUUUCACAAAAAACAGCCUGACUUACCCAGAAAAGGUGGGAUUGAAUAGUUGAGAUGAGACCAAAAAUUGCUUCCAAAGAGGACAAAAUUGUUAAUGCAUCUUUCUAAGUUCAAUCAUAAAGUUGACUGGCUUUGAAUUCUUAAAUUUAUGUAUGAAUAAAUAUAAAAAGAUCUCAAAUUUAUUAGGUCUCAAA